ACAAGGGUAAAAAGACACGAGCACAAUAAUAAUGGGUUAAAUGAGUUUUCUCUUUAUUUGCCAACGUUAAAGCACAUCCAUGUAUGCUAAAUAGAGCUUAAUAAAAUAUUCAUGCAUAUGAAAAUGCAUUUAAACUUUUAUGUCAUCCAAAUGUUUUGUACAUUAAUAAAUACAAUAAAAUAAAAUAAAAACCUCACCCCUCCAGCUUGUUUUAAGAUUAAAUGUGUCCUUAUUCUAAGUAUUUAGACAUAACAUGUAAGUUAUUGUUGUUUAUGUUGUAGUAAAUGCAUUCUAACCUAAUCAGAGACCUUUAUGUUUGUGUUUGUCUGAGGAGGAGCACAGAUGGAAUCCUCUUAAUCAGGUAAUCUGCCCAUCUGCUCUUUCAAUCAUCCACCACAUUUCCUCCCCAUCCAUGAGCCACUUCCGUCGCUAACAUCUACCAGGUGAAGAUCAUGCUGCUGUCUCCUCAGGCUGAGAGGAACUGGGAGAGUCUUUGUUCGGUGCUUGAAGAUGUCCUGGAGGACCAGUCCCACCGACAGCUGUUUGCCUUGGAGCUGGGCUCUGGAACCGGGCAGCAUGUCAUACGAUUUGCCCAGAAGAUGCCCUUUGUGACCUGGCAGCCGUCAGAUAUCCAGGAGGCGUCCAGAGAAAGCAUCAAAGCAUAUAUUGCUGCAACCCAGACAAAAACAGUGCUGCAGCCUGUACAUCUGGAUGCAAGCGAAUCGUGGGAGAAGUGGGCGGGCCUUUCCAAAAACUCCUGUGAUGUCAUCAUUGCCAUCAACUUACUGCAGUAUAGUCCCUUUCAAACUGCACAGGGAGUUUUCAAUGGAGCUGGACAAAUCCUUAAACAAAAUGGACUUUUUAUUACCUAUGGGGUGUAUGCUGUUAACGGCAUCAUCACACCAAGCUGUAAUGAACUCCUGGAUGCAGAAAUCCGUAAACUAAAUCCGGAGUGGGGUCUUCCAGACAUCGACGUGCUGAGACAGCAGGCGUUUACGAACGGUCUGCGUCUGGAGAGGAUGGUUGAAAUGGAAGAUUACUACAAAUGCCUGAUUUUCAGAAAGCUAUAGGCUUCAAAGGAUGUUGGAUUAUUUUAUUUUUUUAUGUAAAACCCAUGCAAACAGGUUCCAGAUCACUGGUAAAAGUCUAAUCUUUAUAAGCAUAAAGUGAAAGUUUUAAUCCUUUGAUUCAUAAAUUAAAAACCAUUGUUUCAUGGAUUUACCCAUUCAUAUAAUUAAAAUCCUAUUCUGCUACUUUCUGUGUGAGCUACACAAAAUGCAAAAAGAUAAAAAGAAGCAGCUUGACAGUAAGAACAUUAUGUUUAUUAAAUAUAAUUUUAAAAUUAAAGUCAGUAAGUCAGAACAAGGAAGUCCGCAGAUGAGAAUGGAAGUUACAGAAAGCACAGUUUGAAAGUUUGACGCAUACAUGCAGCAACACCUCUCAAUGGACAAAUAUACUUGAUGAGCACUCAGCCAUUCUUCCAAUGUGGGACGUCAACCGAAUGAAUGGAGGGUGCAGCAACUGUGCUGCAUUUAGCCUUAGAAUGGGGCUUUGUAUUUGGCAACUUAAGUUUAGGAAUUAAGUUAUAUUUAAGAUUUCUAAUUUAUAGUAGUUGUUAAUUUUUUAUUUAUUUUUUGUUACGGAGGUUAUAAAGCAGCUCAGAGAAUUUUUCGAAUCCCUUUCAUGUGUUGUGCAGAACCUACUAUUAAAAAAGAAAAAAA